GCAGUUCCGCGCGCUUCACUCGUAACGGAUUACCGUUUUUAAUUAUCGAUUUUUGUCGUCACAAUCAGUGUGUACUAUGUUUUUUUUUUUAAAUCGGCCGUCUUCGUACAAUGACUCUCCUUUUGUUAAGCAAAAUGUGUUCGUCAUUUCUGCCCAUCCCAUCUUAUAUCUUCGCUCUGUCGUGUAGUUCUAUGUGAAAGUUAGUUUUUAAUUUCGGUUUCGAAUGUUUUGAGUGACUUUCCACGAUGACCUUGAGCAACAUGGAGCGGUGCGCGCGCGGCACCAACAAACUUUUCGGAAAGAAGAGUAAGAAGAAUAAGAGAAACCAGAAAGUUAAAGUGGCAUCCUGCGCCGGCACCGGGCGCGCCAACACGGCGAUGGAUAACGACGUGACGCCGGUGUACCUGGCGGCACAGGAGGGACACCUGGCCGUGCUGCAGUACCUCGUCCUGGAGGCGGGCGGACGUCUGGAUGCGCGCGCUCGCGACGGCAUGCUGCCCGUGCACGCCGCCGCGCAAACAGGCUGCCUCGACUGCCUACAGUGGAUGAUAACGGAGCGCGGGGUGGACCCGAACGCGCGCGACGGUGACGGCGCCACGCCGCUGCACUUCGCGGCGUCGCGCGGCCACCUCGCCACCGUGCGCUGGCUGCUGCGGCACGGCGCUCGCCUGCACCUCGACCGACACGGCAAGAGCCCCAUCAACGACGCGGCCGACAACCACCACCUCGAGUGCUUGAACGUGCUGGUGGCGGCGGGCGCGGCGGGCGCGGCGGGUGCGGGGGGCGCCAAGGCCGGGCCCGGGGCGCCGCAAGUCUGCGCCUGCUCCCCCGGGGACGCCAGAUGCGCUCUGUCAAAUUGCGUGAACGGCGACGGGCACCGGUCGCCCUUCUACCUUCACGGGCCGGGCGGGCUCGCCUCGCCCGCCAGCUCGGGACGGUCCGACUCGCCUGGCAGCCCGGCCGGCUCGCCCGCGGACGGACUCUACAUCAACCCCAUGCAGCGCGCACGCGCCGGCACCGGCCGCCGCGCCUCUUCCGGGGACGACAGCUCAGCCGGCUCGACUUCGGACGCGGAGGCAGCGCAUCACGGGGGCGGGGGCGGGGGCUGGUUUCUACAUGCCGGGGCCGGGACCGGGGCCGGGGGCGAGGCGGCAGGCGGGGCGCUGUACCAGCGCGUGCGGGACCUCUUCCACGCACGCUCGCCGGGUCCGCGCGUGCCCGCCGAGGGUCAAGAGGCGCCCACCGUGACCGUGAAAGCGGAGGUGCACGGCGGGGGGCGCGGCGAGGGGCGCGGCGGAGGGCGCUGCGGGGGGCGCGGUGGAGGGUGCGGCGGCGGGCAGUCGGACAGCGACAGCGGCGCGGAGACGACCCGGCGGGAUCACCACUACGAGGACGUGUGCCCGCCCCGUGAGCGCCGCCGCAGGAGCAGGUCCCGCGACUCGGGCAGCCACAGCCGGCCCGCCAGCGCCGCGCGCCCCGACCGCACCGCAUUAGCCGCACUCGCCGCACUCGCCGCCGCGGACUGCGCUGACGACAGCCCACACCCCACACACGUCGCACACCCCGCGCACCCCGCACACCUCAUACACCUCGCACACCUCGCACACUUCGCACACCCCGCACCUAAUAGUAGUACCACGACGGGUGAUAGUAGCACCCCUGUUACCGGAACAAUUAAGUGCAACAGAAUGGUUUGCUUUAGCUCUUACAAAGGGUACGAGGAGGUGUGCCCCCCCGCGGCCGCCGCCCCGCCCCCGCCCCCGCCCGGCCCCGGCGACGCCCACAAGUCUGCGCUCGCCGCCAAGCUCGCGGCGCUCACGCACAAGGCGCACAACUUCGCGAGCCGCAUCUCAUCGGCGGCGGGCAGCCGGCGCGGUUCGGUGUCGGAGGAAGCCCCCGCGUCCGCCGCCUCGGGGGGCAGCUCGGGGGGUGGGUCGGGGGACGAGGCGCCGCCGCCGCCGCCGCCGCCGCCCGCGCCGCCCGCGCCACCGCCCGCCGUGCUCGAGGAGCCCGCCCUCAGGCCCUCCGAGCUCAGAAACAGACUCGCGCGGCGCGGCUCCGCGGGCCCGGCGGCAGACGGCGAGCGGCCGCGAGCACCCAACCUCGUCAACAAGCAGCCAGCGCUUCCCUUCAUACCGCCCGCCUUCCCGCACGCGGCACCGGACCGCCUCAUCAAGCCCUCCGAGUACCUGCGCACCAUCACGGCGCCCUGCAAGCGCGACGAGGGCGCGGCGGAGGGGGCUCCCCCGCCGCCCGCGCCACCCGCGCCCCCCGCGCCGCCCGCCGCGCCCGCUCCGCCCCAGCCGCCGCCCGCGCACCAGCCACUGGCGGCAAUCAGCAGCGCCGAGUUGUGCGCAGUGCGGCUGCGGGCGCCCGCUGGCAAGACGCUGUCGGCGCCGGCGCCCGCGCGCUCCCUCAGUCUGCAGUGCCUGCCCAGCGCGGCGGACUUCCGCAGCGCUAAGACGGACCUCAUCGAGGAGCUGAAGAUGUCGAGGGACAUUACGGGCAUUCGCAAGCUGCGCGUGGAGCGCGCGCGCCGCGAGAGCCUGCAGGACCACGAGACCUUCGCCGAGUUCACCAAGCGCUUUACGGCGGACAACUUCGUCGACCAGGUGCCGGAGCGCGACGCCGCCGGCAACCUGAUCCCGGCGUGGAAGCGGCAGAUGCUGGCGCGGCGGGCGGCGGAGCGCGCGCGGCGCGACCUCGAGCGCGAGCUGGCGGGCGAGGCGGAGCGACGGCGCGCGGCCGCCGUGCCCGCCUGGAAGCGCCAGCUGCUGCAGCGCCGCGAGGACGCCGAAAACCGCCUCAGGGAGUCGCUGUACACGCCGCGGGUGUCGGAGCGCGAGGGCGGCGAGUGGCGCGCGUUCCCCGCGCCCGCCGCCGGACAGCGCGCACUCUCCAUCGACAACAUCACGCUGUGCUACGACACGCCCGCGCCGGCGCCUGCGCCCGCGCACCCGCCGCGCGCGCCCUCUGAGGCCAAGCUGUGCACGGACCACUACAACGGGCACUCGAUGACGAACGGCAAGCACGCCGAGGAGGAGGACAGCGCCAAGAUCAUCCCGUGGCGCGCGCAGCUGCGCAAGACCAACAGCAAGCUCAACCUGCUCGAGUAGAGCGCCCGACGCGUGUCCGACGCGUGCAUGACUAGGCUCGGACACACUUUCAGACAAAAGACUUUGUUAGUGUUUAUUGUAGGUCUACGGCAUAGCAUAAAUUGCGUUGUAUAUUCACAUCAGUCACUUCUCGUGAAAAUAUUGAUUCUCGUAAGGUUUACCUCAAUCAUUAUCAGGUAUAACUGCAUCUUAUGUUUAUAACGUAAAUGUUGAAGAUAUGAAGAGGUGUCAGGUAUGAGGUUGUGAGAACGCGGCGAGGACGACACGAGCACGACACGACCCGACCUGUGGAAUUAUUCGAAGGGACCAGUUUGUUGAAAGCAGUUCGAUAGGAAAUCAAUAUUUAAUAAACGAUAAUAAUAGUAUUUUUUUCAAUUAGGAUGUAAAUGUUUGUAAUUAAGAUGUAGCAAACGUAAAUAUAUAAAUUAUUGUAAGUUUUAGAACUUCACUUGGAGGCUAUUUAUACAAAAAGAAUUCUUCUUUUAGAUUUAAUUUUGCUUAUGGAACGUUCAUGUGUAUAUUUAUGCUGGUGCGGAGCAGACGCGGUGCAGACGCGGUGGAGGCGCGUGGAAAUAUUACUAUUUUGGCAGAAACGUGUUUUAUUUCAAAGUAAAGAGUGUGUGUAUCGUAUCGUAUCGGUAUUUUGUUAGUGUCAAGGUGAUAUCUUUGUUGCAAUAUUAGUGUUUAAGCUUAUCUGUGCAAUUAAGCUAUUUGUACGAAUUACUUUAAAUUUUUUACAUAUCUCUAUUUGAUGGUUGUCGAUACAAUUAUAUUGUUAAU